AUGGGUUUGUAUUUUACAAAUCAAUCGAAAACAAGUUUUGUUAGUUUUGCAGAUGCAGGGUAUUUGUCUGACCCUCACACUGGGCGAUCUCAAACUGGAUAUUUAUUUACAAGUAGAGGUAUUACAAUUUCAUGGCGUUUAGUAAAGCAAACAAUCACAGCCACAUCAUCUAAUCAUGCAGAAAUAUUGGCGAUACAUGAAGCUAGUCAAGAAUGCAUUUGGUUAAGGACUGUAAUACAACACAUUCGUGGAUCUUGUGGUUUUUCUUCGGGAGAUGAGGGACCGACAAUCUUACAUGAAGACAACGCAGCAUGCAUUGCUCAACUAAAGGAAGGAUACAUCAAAGGUGAUAGAACAAAGCAUAUUUUGCCAAACGGCAAUUGUUCUACUAUCUUUUCCCUCACACGCUCUGUUCUUUCAUCCGCUCCCCUUCAAACCCUAAAUCUCAUCCCGUCACGUUUUCUUUUCCUCAGAAACCAUGUUGCUUUCUUUCUCCUUUUCUUUUCCUGUCUCAUCUAUCGGAACAACGAUCUCACCCGUUACCGUCUUUCUCCAUCUCUUUACCAAAACCCUACCUCUGAAUCUGAAGGAAUCAAGCAACAUCAGGGUUUUGAAACAGUCGCACUAAAUCCUCUACAGGUUGAAGUUGCAAGGCCCAUGGACAAGAAACGGAAAAGGGUUUAUGAAGAUUCGCAAAUCACUCAGUUUCGUGAGAUUUUAAAUAACUACAAGCCUCAAAAUUAUGAGUCAGUCAUGAGUUCUUUCAAUGGCUACCGUGACGACACUGUUCAAAAGUUGCUGAUCCCCAUGAAGCUGCUACCAGUGGCUGUUAGAGAUAGGUUACUUGGAGUUUUACGACUCGGUAUUGCUACUCGAUAUGAUAUCGAAGUUGAAUCCCUAAACCAACUGGGGUAGCCCAGUUGGCCACCGACACCCACCUCUUCCCAGAGGUACCGGGUUCGAGUCUUGGGAGUGGCAUAUGUCGCCCAGGGUAAGAACUCGGCAAGGGGAAGUCACCGCGGAGCUAGCUUGGUCGGGUAGCGGCUCCCGGAGUGAGAUCACUCCGGCGGUUGGGAGGACCGUGCACUAUCCCCCCCCCCCCAAGUUGAAUCCCUAGCUAAUCUUGCGGAACUACCUGAAUCUACAGCCAUAUUAGUUCUUGAUCAGUUUAUGUUAUCGGGAGCAGAAGAAGAGUAUGACAAGGGAGCAUAUCUCACUUCACUAAUUUCAAAGGUA